AUGUUGAGCUUCAGUGAGAGGGGGGAGCAGCGUCACUUCAUGCACGUCUACUCAGUGCAGCACUGGUCCCAAAAGAGGUUCCUCAUCCCUGUGCUGCAGCAUUCCCUCUGGAGACGGAUGCGCCUGUGCUGCCGGCUCCUGGGGCCACUUUACUGCAUCACGCUGGUAGUGAAUGUAAUUGCGUGCCUGGCGUGGUGGAUCGGAGGAGGCUCUGGGGUCAAUUUUGGGUUGGCCAUCCUCUGGCUUCUCCUCUUUUACGUCUGUGGGUUCCGACCUGCCUACAAAGCCUUCCGGUCGGACAGCUCGUUUAAUUUUAUGGCCUUUUUCUUCAUCUUUGGCGCACAGUUUGUUCUCGCGGUCCUGCAGGCGAUUGGUUUCUCCGGAUGGGGAGCUUGUGGAUGGUUCGCAGCCAUUACUUUCUUUAGCGAGAGUGUUGCAGCUGCUGUGUUCAUGCUGUUUCCUGCCAUUAUGUUUACAAUGUCAGCGGUCGCAAUGUUGAUCUCCAUCGUAAGGGUUCAUAAAAUCUAUCGAGGGGCUGGUGGAAGCUUUCAGAAAGCUCAAGACGAGUGGAACAGCGGCGCGUGGAGGAACCCCCCCAGCAGGGAGGCCCAGUACAACAAUUUUUCAGGGAACAGCCUGCCAGAGUAUCCCACAGUGCCCAACUAUCCCCCGGGAAACCAAUGGCCUUAA